AUGUUAAGCCGCCCACUCCAGCCAUCCCAGGACGCGGUGAGCAGGGGGCGCGGACUGGUGGAGCGCAAGAGGGAAAGCGGGGGAUGGGGUCAGCCUGGUGCCCUCUGCGCCUCCUGUUCCUCCACCCACGGCAUGAGGGCGGUGCCCCGGCGCGCUGAUGUAACGCAGCGGAGCCGCUGCCGCGCGCCGCCUCCCGCCCUCCGCCGCCUGGCGCUGGGGCCGCCGCCGCCGCCGCCGCCGCCGCUGCUGCCGCUUUACGUAAGGCGCAGGCCAGGGCCGCCCGGCGCUCGGCAGCCGCCUGCAGCCCUCGGAGCGCAAGGAGAGGCUCCCGCCCGGCAGCCUUGGCAGGUUCUGCCAGAGACUGACAUUUGGACUCAAUAUGAAAUGAAAGUUGAAAAUUGCAUCUCCGUGUGUGUUGCUAUCAUGGUGUUGAUUCACUGGUCAUGCCUGAAGAGGGAAAUUGUGUUGUAG